AUGUCGAAAAAGCAAGAGAAUUUAACACACGAAGAGGUGUGGGAUGACUCUGCCCUCAUUAACUCAUGGAAUGAAGCAUUGCAGGAGUACAAGAAAUAUCACAGCAUACACGCAAAAGGCGGAAGUGUACGAGACCUCGAGCUUCAGAAUCAGGCCGAGAUAGAGGCAGAGCCCGAGUCUGAAGAACCUCGAGUAACAGAAAUAGAGGAGAAUGUUUUGGCUUCAGAAAAGGUGGAGGAAAAUAAGUACAAGACGAAAGUCUCAAGAAACUCCUCAUGUCUUGGUAUUAUGCUGGCUACUACACAGGGUUGUAUGAAGGGGAACAACAAGCUCGACAGAAGCACGCGUCUUAAGCGAAGAAACAACAGUAUAAGCAUAUUACCCUUGAAACACGGAAGGGCGGUAGCCAUCAACCAACGUGGCUGUGAGCGCCACGAGUUUGGACAUGGGUUCUCGGUCGACCAGUUGCCGUUGAUGCGACGACCCAAGAUUGAGAUUGCCGUUUACUCGGGACCCAGUACCUCGUCAAUAGCAGCAAGCUUCCAGUUCUGGUAUAGCAAUAAGCUCAAGCGGUCGUAG